CUGAUAUAAAUUUUAAAAUCAUGAACUCGGUGUUGGUGUUUUUUGUGAACGGGAAAAAGGUAACCGAAAAUAAUCCCGAUCCGGAAUUUACGCUCCUCACUUAUUUGCGGGAAAAACUGAGGCUGUGUGGCACCAAGUUGGGAUGUGCGGAGGGCGGAUGUGGCGCCUGCACUGUGAUGGUGUCCCGCCUGGAUCGUCGUGCCAAUAGAAUCCUCCACCUGGCGGUCAACGCCUGUCUUACUCCAGUUUGUUCCCUCCACGGAUGUGCGGUGACCACGGUGGAGGGAAUUGGGAGCACCAGGACCCGAUUGCAUCCUGUCCAGGAGCGUCUGGCCAAAGCGCAUGGAUCUCAGUGUGGCUUCUGUUCGCCGGGCAUGGUCAUGUCCAUGUACGCUCUCCUCCGGAAUGCUGAGAAACCCUCUAUGCGGGAUUUGGAGAUGACUUUCCAGGGCAAUCUAUGCCGCUGCACUGGCUAUCGACCCAUUCUCGAGGGCUACAAGACUUUUACUAAAGAAUUUCAAUGCGGAAUGGGCGAUAAAUGCUGCAAGGUCAAGACAUUUUCUAGCGAAAAUGAUAAGCUCUUCGAGGCUAGUAACUUCCAGCCUUUGGAUCCCAGCCAGGAACCCAUUUUUCCGCCGGAACUUCAGUUGAGUGACUUCCUCGAUAAGCAGAACUUGAUCUUUCGUUCGGAGCGAGUUACCUGGUAUCGUCCCACCAAUCUCAAAGAGCUCCUCCAACUGAAGGCAAAGCAUCCGGGUGCUAAACUAAUCGUGGGCAACACGGAAGUGGGCGUGGAGAUAAAGUUCAAGCAUAUGCUCUACCCACACCUCAUUAACCCGAGUCAGGUGAAGGAUCUGCUGGAGAUUAGGGACUGCCAGGAUGGUAUCUACUUUGGUGCCGCAGUGAGUUUGUCUGAAAUCGAUGCUCAUCUAAGGAAGAGAAUUGAAGAGCUGCCUGAAUCGGAAACCAGAUUGUUCCAAUGCUCAGUGGAGAUGCUUCAUCACUUUGCCGGCAAGCAGAUCCGUAAUGUCGCCUGCUUGGGUGGAAACAUUAUGACCGGAAGUCCCAUUUCCGAUGUGAAUCCCUUGCUUUUGGCAGCAGGAAGUCAGUUGGAGGUGGCUAGUGUUUCUUCCAGUGGAGAGAUUCAAAGGAGGAAGGUCAAAAUGGAUAAUGGAUUUUUUACUUCCUACCGAAGGAGUGUUAUUGAAGAUCAUGAGGCUCUUCUCGGAAUCUUCUUGAAGAAAACUUGUAAAGAUGAGUACAUGGUGGCUUUUAAACAGUCUAGAAGAAGAUCGGAUGACAUAGCCAUCGUAAAUGCUGCCAUAAAUGUGAGGUUUCAGGAGAAUACCAAUAUAGUUUCGGAGAUUUCAAUGGCCUUUGGUGGAAUGGCUCCCACCACAGUUAUGGCUCCUAUAACCUCUCAAUUGAUGAUUAAUCAGCAGUGGAAUCACCAAUUAAUGGAGAAAGUGAUAGAGAGUCUUUCCAAGGAGUUACCCCUCGAUGCCUCUGCUCCUGGUGGAAUGAUCGCCUAUCGUCGAGCUUUGCUGGUUAGCCUGUUCUUCAAGGCUUUCCUGGUCAUUAGCCAAAAGUUGGGUAACCUGGGUGAUUCCCUGCCAACUAAAGAGCAAAGUGGAGGGGAGAGAUUCCAUUUUCCAUCAAACCUGAAGAGUGCUCAAAUCUUCGAGUGCGUCUCCAGUGAACAAGCCAUCUGCGAUCCCAUUGGAAGACCUCAAGUUCAUGCAGCUGCCUUGAAACAGGUCACCGGAGAAGCGAUCUACACAGAUGAUAUACCUGCCAUGGCUGGGGAGGUCUAUUUAGCUUUGGUCCUGAGUUCAAAACCACUUGCUAAGAUCACCAAGCUGGAUGCCAGUGAGGCUCUGGCUUUGGAGGGAGUCCAUCGGUUCUUCUGCCACAAGGAUUUAAACGACCAAGAGAAUGAAGUGGGUAGGGUGGCCCAUGAUGAGCACGUCUUUGCCGCCGGGGAAGUUCGUUGCUGUGGUCAGGUGAUUGGAGCCAUAGCUGCCGACAACAAGACCUUGGCCCAAAGAGCCGCUCGGAUGGUGAAGGUGGAGUACCAGGAGUUGGAGGAACCAGUUAUUCUGACCAUCGAAGAGGCUAUUAAGCACAGGUCCUUCUUUUCUCAGCAUCCUCGUCCUCUGAUUCAGGGAAAUGUGGAGGAGGCCUUCACCCAGGCAGAUCACCUCUACGAGGGAACCUGUCGAAUGGGCGGACAGGAACACUUCUAUCUGGAGACCCAUGCGGCACUAGCUGUUCCCCGAGAUUCCGAUGAGCUGGAACUCUUCUGCUCCACCCAGAAUCCCACGGAGGUGCAGAAGCUGGUGGCCAAUGUCACCUCACUUCCUGCAAACAAAGUCGUUUGUCGGACGAAGCGUUUGGGCGGCGGUUUUGGGGGCAAGGAAUCGCGAACCAUUUCCGUGGCCCUUCCCGUCGCCCUGGUCGCCCAUCGGAUGGGUCGUCCUGUGCGCUGCAUGCUGGAUCGAGACGAGGACAUGCUCAUUACCGGCACUCGCCAUCCCUUCCUGUUCAAGUACAAGGUGGGCUUCUCAAAGGAGGGACUGAUCACUGCCUGCGACAUCGAGUGCUACAGCAACGCCGGAUAUUCCUUGGAUGUCUCCGUUGCGGUUUUGGAGCGUGCAAUGUUCCACUUUGAGAACUGCUACAGGAUACCCAAUGUUCGAGUGAUGGGACGGCUUUGCAAGACGAACCUGGCUUCGAACACGGCCUUCCGUGGCUUCGGGGGACCACAGGGUAUGUUCGCCGGCGAGCACAUCAUCCGGGAUGUGGCCCGAAUAGUGGGUCGCGAUGUGGUGGACGUGAUGCGCUUGAACUUCUACAAAACAGGGGAUUAUACCCACUACCGUCAGCAACUGGAUCACUUUCCCAUCGAGCGAUGUCUGGAGGAUUGCCUAAGGCAGUCGAGGUACGAGAAGAAGCUCGAGGAGAUCACUGCAUUUAAUCGAGAGAAUCGCUGGAGGAAACGCGGAAUGGCGGUGGUGCCCACGAAAUAUGGCAUUGCAUUUGGGGUCCUGCAUUUAAAUCAAGGUGGUGCCCUGAUCCACAUUUACGCUGAUGGAUCUGUUUUAUUGUCCCAUGGAGGCGUUGAGAUGGGACAGGGUCUGCAUACCAAGAUGAUUCAGUGCGUCGCUAGAGCUUUGGGAAUUCCCCACGAACUCAUUCACAUUGCGGAGGCUUCCACGGAUAAGGUACCGAAUACCUCGGCCACGGCGGCUAGUUUGGCAUCGGAUCUCAAUGGGAUGGCAGUGCUGGAUGCCUGCGAGAAGCUCAAUCAGAGAUUGGCUCCCAUCAAGGAGGCACUUCCUCAUAAAACCUGGAAGGAGUGGAUCAAGAAAGCCUAUCUCGAUCGGGUCAGUCUCUCGGCCACCGGAUUCUACGCCAUUCCGGACAUUGGCGUCUAUCAUCCGGAAAGCAAUCCGAAUGCCCGAACCUUUAGCUACUUCACCAAUGGUGUGGGCAUCAGUGUGGUGGAGAUCGACUGCCUGACUGGAGACCAUCAGGUGCUCAGCACGGACAUAGUCAUGGAUAUCGGAUCCAGUCUGAAUCCGGCCAUUGACAUUGGACAGAUCGAGGGGGCAUUUAUGCAGGGCUAUGGAUUGUUUACCCUCGAGGAGCUGGUGUAUUCACCGCAGGGAAUGCUGAUGUCCAGAGGACCCGGCAUGUAUAAGGUUCCGGGAUUUGAGGACAUUCCCGGCGAGUUCAAUGUCAGCCUACUGACAGGAGCGCCCAAUCCUCGGGCUGUCUACUCCUCCAAGGCUGUUGGGGAACCCCCGCUCUUCAUAGGAUCUUCAGUUUUCUUCGCCAUCAAGGAGGCCAUUGCAGCUGCUCGCGAAGAUGAGGGUCUGAGUGGAGACUUCCCUCUGGAGGCUCCUGCCACCUCAGCUCGCAUUCGAAUGGCCUGUCAGGAUAAAUUCACCAACUUGGUUGAAAUACCCGAAGCAGGAACAUUUACUCCAUGGAACAUUGUGCCUUAAAAAGUGUUUGUAUAGUUAUUAAUGUACCAAGAAUUUUGUAAUGUAAAUGUAUUCUUGUACCAAAUAAGUGUUUAAAAUAAAUAUAGAUAAUUAAAAUGUAA